UAUUUUAUUAUCUUAUCAUCAUGCUGUUGAGUAUGCGACGACACAGUUUGCGGCUGCAGCACCAACUCCACCGGUGGAGCAUCAGUGAUACCGGGAGCCACCUAUCAGACAGCCUCGCGUCUCCAGCGUGCAUGUCCCGCUCCAAAUCCUGUACGAACUCCGCCGGGGAAUCGGAUGGGAGCCGCGACAGCUGGGCCUCUGUAGACACCACAGACUCCGUCAUCUCCACUGGGUCUACCUGGAAUACCCGCGGCAGCUCGAGACCGUUUCGCGUGGUGCUGCUGGGCGCCAGAGGGGUCGGUAAAACGGCGAUUGCCAGCAUCUUCGCUGGAGCAGCGGACAGCAUGGACAAUGACGAGUGCGAGCUCUAUGGAGAUGAGGUGUGUGAGCAGACCAUCACAGUGGAUGGAGAGAAAGCCACUGUCACUCUAGUGGACAACUGGGACUCAGAGGAUGAGGGAGGGUCGUCUCAGGACCAGUGUAUACAGACAGGCGAUGCGUACCUGCUGGUCUACUCUAUAACUGACCGGUCCUCCUUCCUGCAAGCCUCAGAGCUACGUAUAUCCCUCCGCCAACACCGCCCUGCCCACCACACGCCAAUCAUCCUGGUGGGAAACAAGUGUGACUUGGUCCGCCGCAGAGAGGUGUCAGUUAACGAGGGCCGUGCGUGUGCUGCAGUGUUUGACUGUAAGUUCAUCGAGACGUCAGCAGCGAUGCAACACAACGUCUGGCCAGCCUUCCAUGGCAUUGUACAGCAGCUACGACUACGCAGAGACACCAAGGAGAACAACGACCGCCGCAGACACACACACUCACACACACGCCGCGACAGCAUAACCAAGAAGGCCAAACGCUUCCUGGACAAGAUGGUGGCCAAGAACAAUGCCAACGUCGCAUUCCGCCUGAAGUCCAAAUCCUGCCAUGACCUUUCAGUGCUCUAAGACCCAGGACACACACACAACCCCACCCCUACUGCAGUCUACAUUAGAUUGACCCCUCAAAACUGUCUCCCCAUUCACCAGCCUCUGUGACGGUCUGGAGAAUCAACCAAUGGACAUGCAGUGUUCUGACAAUCUCAGCCGACAGAGCGAUUGAAAUAGGAAUAGAGAGAGGUGCUAGAUAAUUAGUGAUCUCUAAUCCUUUUAGGAUCCCUCACUGAGUCUCUCUCCUCUCUCUCUCUAUCAUCUCUUGUUCUCUCUCCCAAGUGCUUUAACUAGGCUAUCCGGACAAUUUGAAUUCUGAUAACAAGGUGUUUGUAUGUCUGUGGUUUUGUACAUAGUCCUAUCUGUCCGAUUGAGAUAACUGACAAUCUGCACUGCACACCUUGUGUAUGU